AUGGGACGCGGCGACGACGGCGGGACGGAGACGCGCGCGAGCGACGACGGCGGGACGGGGACGCGCGCGGCGAGCGUGCGCGCGGGAACGAUCGCGCGCGAAGACGUGGUGCACUCGAGGUAUCUCACGGUGUACGAUCGAGAGAUCGAGUUCGCGGACGAGGACGGGACGACGCGGUCGUUCGCGUACGACGUCGUGGGACACCCGAGAAGCGAGUUUCGGUUCGUGUGCGUGGCGCCGUUUCACAGUCGCGAACGCACGGUGAGCGGAGAGCCGGAGUUUACCAUCAUACGAGAGUACGCGCAAGGGAGUAAUUCGGAGUGCGUCGUGCUGCCGAGCGGGUGCUUUGAACCGGGGAAACACGAGAGCUUGGACGAGGUGGCGCGCGAGGAACUGCAGCAAGAGUCGAGGUUGCGCGGAGGUACGCUGAUGAGUCUGCUAGACGACGAUAAUCCGGGGCUGUUGGAGACGAAGUGGUGUCGGAAUAGGUGCUUUCCGUUCUUGAACAUCGAUGGUGAGGAGUGCAACGAGGGUGAGCGCGACGCGGAGGAGUUUAACAUGACGCAUGAACGCGUGACGGCGAGAGAGUUGAAACGAUUAAUGUACGGUGGCGUGAUGAUGAUGCCCUCGGUCGUCACCGCCCAACUAGCGAUUGAUAAGCUUAUGACGACGGGACACUUGAAUCUGGACGAUAUUGUGUAA